CCCCUCCUCUUAACUGUGUGGUUGGUUGGCAACCCUGACAACCAAUUAAAUGCUUCGCUUUAUGGAACGUCAUCGAGGUCGGAUGAGCAGCAUGUUAGUGUGAGAGCUGUUUUUCAAUGGAUAUUGUACAGGAACGACUGAAGUCACCGACAGAGCGGCAGUCACAAAUGCACCGACGAAACAAAAAUCUUAAUUUGGUCUUUGAAAGAAAAGCUAAAUGAAGUAGCUCUUAAAUAACGCUGACGAAAUGAGUGUGCACUGACAUUAGGCUUUUACACAACUAUAUCAACCUAGAAGGACGUCCCCCCCCCUUGUGGGUUUGAAGAAGAAGAUACAACACACAGGUGAUGUAACGUUAACGGUUAUCUACCGGCCUGUUUACACGGGGAAUUCCAAAAACCUCAGGGGCAUUGCCGGUCUGUGAUCCCGUUACAGGCGAAAUAAAGGAAAGGUAUAGAAAGCUGUCAUGACUGGGGUGGGAGCUGAAGAUGACAUCCCACUUGGUGAGAGGAAAACUGUGACAGACUUCUGCUAUCUUCUGGACAAGUCCAAGCAGCUCUUCAAUGGCCUGAGAGAUCUUCCUCAAUAUGGACACAAGCAGUGGCAGUCCUAUUUUGGCCGUACCUUUGAUGUCUAUACCAAACUUUGGAAAUUUCAGCAACAGCACAGUUUGUGUUUGUGUGAUAAUUGGGAGAACAGACAGGUCUUGGACAAUCGAUAUGGCCUCAAGAGGUGGCAGAUUGGCGAGGUGGCCUCCAAAAUCGGCCAGCUUUACUACCACUACUACCUCCGUACCUCAGAAACAAGCUACUUAAAUGAAGCAUUUUCCUUCUACUCAGCCAUUCGCCAGCGCUCAUAUUACUACCAGGUCAACAAGGAGGACAGGCCUGAGUUGGUAGUAAAGAAGUUGCGGUACUAUGCGCGAUUCAUUGUGGUGUGUUUGCUGCUCAACAAAAUGGAUUUGGUGAAAGUCUUGGUCAAGGAGCUUUCUGAAGAGAUUGAAGACUACACACAGCGGUUUAACACAGAGGACCAAUUAGAGUGGAACUUGGUUCUGCAGGAGGUCGCUGCAUUUGUGGAGGCAGAUCCAGUUAUGAUCCUGAAUGACGACAAUACAGUGGUGGUCAAGUCCAAUCGAAUGCAGGAAGGCGGUGUGCCCCAGCUUGAGCCAGGCAUGGUGGUUGGUCAACUGACACUGGCCGAUGCUCUCAUUGUAGGCAACUGCAACAGUCAGGUGAAGUUCAGCGAGUUGACCAUCGACAUGUUUCGCAUGCUCCAGGCCCUCGAGCGAGAACCUGUCAAUCUUGCCACCCAAACGACCAAAGCAGGGACUCUUGUAAGAGAAGACUCUUGCACUCUCCCCAUCUCUCUCACCGAGCCCAGUGAAAAGCCAGCCAAGCGGGAGAACCCCCACAAAUAUCUUCUAUACAAACCCACCUUCAGCCAGCUUUACACCUUCCUUUCGGCCUCCUUUAAGGAGCUACCUGCCAACAGUGUUCUCCUUGUAUAUCUGUCAGCCACUGGGGUCUUUCCCACUGGACGUGUGGAAUAUGAAGGACCCUAUGACUUUGGAGGAGUUCUAACAAACACUAAUCGUGAUGUUGUAAAUGGUGAGGCAGUGCAGAAGAGAAACCAGGCCCAGAAAGAGAUGCACUGCCUUCACCCUGGAGACUUGUAUCCCUUUACCAGGAAGCCCUUGUUUAUUAUUGUGGACUCAUCCAACAGCAUGGCCUACAAGAAUUUCUGUAAUUUGUUUGGCCAGCCUUUGGUGUGCCUACUUUCCCCUACCGUGUAUCCAAAAAGCAUGCAAGACAAUUCUCAGCGUGGGAGUCUCUUCACUCUUUUUCUGUACAAUCCCCUAAUGGGCUUUCUGUCUGUCUGUGGGCUGACCAGUAUGCGUCAAGGUUUAUGGGAAAAGUCCCAGGAGUUUUUGCGCAAAGUUUUUCACGACAUUGGCCAGAUGCUCACUAGCUCCCGGGCCAUUGAUCAGGCAUUUUUGCAGUUCUAUGGUGAUGAGUUUUUGAGGCUUCUGAUGAUCAGAUUUGUGUUUUGCUGUGCCACUCUUCGACUACACAAACUCUUUCGGGAAGCACAGAGUUUUCCAGAAUCGUACCCCCAGCUGCCCAGACAGGAAAUGGUGGAGAGCAACCUACUGCAGAAACACAUAACGGAGCUGGCAGCCAUGCUGGACGUGCAAAACCUCUUUGUUGAUGGCAUGCUGGAUAACUACUGACUGCAACGUGGCACAAUGCCACUGUGCCGCCUUACACGCUAAUAUGGGCGCGCACACACAUACCGGGUCUGUAGAUCCUCCUGAAUGAAGUUGCUGGUAUUUUGUUUAACUUCACCUCUACAUAUUUAGCUCUAGAUAGUUUUUAACAAUUUAAGAAAUGUCUCAUCUUUGUGGUCAGAUAGAUACAUUUCUUCAUUUUUACACAUUGAGAGGAGAUCCACAGCUACGUGUCAUAUAGCUCCUAAAGUACAAUAUUAAAUAUUGUUUUAUACCUGCAUGUGUUUUUGUGCAGCUACAGAGACAAAAUCUGCUAAAGGCAGCUGUUGGUUUUAGAAAGAUAGACUGGAGGAAGUGAAAUAUAGAGCACUUAACCUAAUUCAAGAAAGUCUGAAUAACUUUACAACAUACUGACUGGUAGUUUGCUUUUCAGAUUCUUCCAUAUACAAUUACAGCAAGGGCUGUGUGACAAAUUGCAAUACUCAAAGAUAUUUUCACAAUACAUGAUAUUUAUCACAAUGUUUAGAUUUGCUAACAAACUGCCAGUGAACACAAAAAACUGCUUCGGUUUCUUUUAAUAUACAAAGCAUUAUUUCACAAAGAAAAUGAAGAAAAAUGAAAUGUACAAAAACAGAUAUUACAUGUAAGUUGUAAAUGUAACAACGGACUGUCAGAGUUGAUACCUUGGUACUGCUGAUACUGAUAUCAUCGCAGUAAUAAUCAAUGUGAUGUGGUUUAUCACAGUAUCGUUAUCUCAUAACAGCCAUAAUUUCUUGUUUUGUCGGUUUUUUAAAGUUGUGCUGAAAAAUUCAUGUGUUCUGUGUGUAGUGCAGACAACACAUGCAGUUGUUUUGACAGUCGGAUGUCUUACACAUCUUGACUUGUUUAUUGGGAUGGUUUGCUUACAGUCUAGAUUCAUUACUUGUGUCAUGUGUACUGUGUGCUCUGGCCUUUUGAAGCUGGUUUAAAAAUGAAUGCCUUUUUUAAUACACAUACAUUUUAGCAAAUUUAACACUUCACGGUUUUGCAUGUCUUAGUAGUGUUUGGACCAUAUAGCCCAUACAAACAUCCUGAUUUCUUGACCAUUUGUGCGGUGGACAACUAUGUAAAACAUUCAGUGUAUGUGUGUGUAUAUGUGUAUAUAAAUUCACUGUGCACUUUA